AUGAACUCCUUCUCGAUGAACGCCCUUGCAAAGUCAUUGCCGGCUGUAUGCCGACAAUGUCAACCGCGCAUCGCAUCUCUCGGUGUGAUCCGACCCUUUUCCUCUUCUUCAAAGGACGCCUCCAGCCUGAAGGAGAAGACCCGAACGAUUGAGAACCAGAUCCUUGAUCGCCAGCCCGAAUCCGCCGAGAACUCUUCGCCGCUCUCUGCCAUCUCCAAGAUGAUGACUGGAAACCGAUCUUCUGCUUCUUCGCGUGUCAGUGCCGACUACGCUCGCCUGGCCGAGAGCCUGGAAGCCGACAUGAUCAAGAACCCCUACGCCGACCGGGCCCCUCCCCACCACCUCCACGUCUUCGCACACAAGCACAAUACCAUUCUCACGUUGACGCGGCCGAACGGCAACCCCAUCUUGUCCAUGGGAACUGGUCAGAUCGGCUUCCGCAAGGGUGGCCGUGCCGGCUUCGAUCCCGCCUACCAAUUGUCCUCCCACGUUCUCUCGCAAAUCCAGGAGCGAGGCCUUCUGAUGGAUAUCAAGCGGCUAGAGAUUGUCUUCCGUGGCUUCGGCAAGGGUCGUGACGGAUUCACAAAGGUGCUGCUUGGUAACGAGGGACGCAACAUUCGGGGUCUUGUUAGCCGAGUGACCGACUCGACUCGCGUCAAGUUCGGUGGUACUCGUAGCCGCAAGGUUCGCAGACUGGGUUGA